UGGGGCCCGCUCCCUCUGCUCCAGGUCUCAGCUGUGAGUUCUGGGGCUUCCUGAUCAGGCUGUAGUGACUAGUAGGUCGGUGAAGCUAGAGGCCCCUUUGACAUGAAGCCCUUUGCGUAGAAGAGCUGGACCUGGCUCAUGGGUAGAGAGAGCUCGGUUAUAGUCCUGAGAGUUAACCAGGUGGGAAGCCAAGAUAUAUAUGGGGUUUACAUACAUCCCAGAGUGCAUUUUUUUCUCCCCUCUCUAAACGGUGCCUCAGUCACCUCUGUAUCUCUAGCACCCAGAGAUCUGUUAAUUCUCUAAGUAAAGGGGUUAAGCUCGUCCGUGGGAGACACAAGUUUAGGAGUGUGCUGAUGGUGGGUCAAAUCUGCAGUGUGUUUCAGGAGUAGGAGGGGCUAAGAAAUGGGUGAGCCCCCCAACUUGAUGCUAGCUCCUUUCCUGUUACUUCUCAGCCACAGCAGGAGCCCCUUGUCUUUCAGGUGGGGGCAGUAGGGUUUUGGGGGGCAUAAGCUUCCUUCAGUCCUUCCACUUGGAGGAGAAGGAAUGUGGCCUGGCUGGGUGGUUAGGAUCGAGGAGGAGCUUUCGGGCAGGGCGGGGUCAGGGCGGGGCCCGGGCAGGCUCAGGCAAGGGCUCCUGCUGUUUCUGUGUUCUUUGCUGCUGCACAGCAAGGCCCUGCCACCCACCUUCAGGCCAUGCAGCCAUGUUCCAGGAGCCUUAACUGCAUAGAAGCCCAUGGGGAGCUCCAGACCAGCAGCCCUGCUCCUGCCUCUCCUCCUGAUACUCAUUGACCUCUCUGACUCUGCUGGUAUUGGCUGUCCCCACCUGCCCCACUGGAACACCCGGGGUCCUCUGGCCUCCCACAUGGAUGACAGUUUCACUGCAAGUUCUGCCCAUAUCCCUUGCCGUACCUGGUGGGCCUGCUUCUCCACAAAGCGUUGGUGUGCACGAGUCUGGCACUGUUCCCGCUGUUUGUGCCAGCAUCUACUGUCAGGUCACUCAGGUCUUCAGUGGAGCUUCUUCGGCCUCUUGGUGCAGAAGUCCAAAAAGUCUUCCACAUUCAAGUUCUGUAGGAAACACAAGAUCCCAGCACCUGCUCAGAGGAAGCUGCUGCUUAGUCGUUGCCUGUCUGAGAAGAGCCAUCACAUUUCCAUCCCCUCCCCAGAUAUCUCCCACAAGGCAUUUCGCUCUAAAAGAACCCAACCUUCGGAUCCAGAGGCAUGGAAAAGUCUUCCUAGAUUGGACUCACAAAGGCACAGAGGGCCCGAGUUCUCCUUUGAUUUGCUGCAUGAGGCCCGGGCUAUUCGGGUGACUAUACCUUCAGGCCCUGAGGUCAGUGUGCGUCUUUGUCACCAGUGGGCACUGCAGUGUGAAGAGCUGAGCAGUCCCUAUGAUGUCCAGAAAAUCGUUUCUGGGGGCCACACCGUAGAACUGUCUUACGAAUUCCUUCUGCCCUGUCUGUGCAUAGAGGCAUCAUACCUGCAAGAGGACACUGUGAGGCGCAAAAGAUGUCCCUUCCAGAGCUGGCCAGAAGCCUAUGGCUCAGACUUCUGGAAGUCAGUGCAUUUCACCGACUACAGCCAGCACACUCAGAUGGUCAUGGCCGUGACACUCCGCUGCCCACUGAAGCUGGAAGCUGCCCUCUGCCAGAGGCACGACUGGCAUACCCUUUGCAAAGACUUCCCGAAUGCCACAGCUCAAGAGUCAGAGGGGUGGUAUGUUUUGGAGAAGGUGGACCUGCACCCCCAGCUCUGCUUCAAGUUCUCUUUUGGAAACAGCAGCCAUGUUGAAUGCCCCCACCAGACUGGAUCUCUCACAUCCUGGAAUGUGAGCAUGGAUACCCAAGCCCAGCAGCUGAUCCUUCACUUCUCCUCAAGAACACAUGCCACCUUCAGUGCUGCCUGGAGCCAUGAAGACUUGGGGCAGGAUACUUUGGUGCCCCCUGUGUACACUGUAAGCCAGGCCCAGGGCUCAAGCCCAGUGACACUAGACCUCAUCAUUCCCUUCCUGAGGCCAGGGUGCUGUGUCCUGGUGUGGCGAUCAGAUGUCCAGUUUGCCUGGAAGCACCUUUUGUGUCCAGAUGUCUCUAACAGACACCUGGGGCUCUUGAUCCUGGCACUGCUGGCCUUCCUCGCCCUACUGGGUGUUGUUCUGGCCCUCACCUGCCGGCGGCGCCCACAGUCAGGCCGGCGCCCAGCACGGCCAGUGCUGCUCCUGCACACAGCGGACUCUGAGGCUCAGCGGCGCCUGGUGGGAGCGCUGGCUGAACUGCUGCGGGCAGCGCUGGGCAGCGGGCGCAACGUGAUCGUGGACCUGUGGGAGGGGAGGCAUGUGGCGCGCGUGGGCUCGCUGCCGUGGCUCUGGGCGGCACGGGAGCGCGUGGCGCGGGAGCAGGGCACUGUGCUGCUGCUGUGGAGCAGCGCAGGCCUCCGCCCCACCAGCGACCCGAACCCCCGCACGGCGCCCUUGCUCGCCCUGCUCCACGCUGCCCCGCGCCCGCUGCUGCUGCUCGCUUACUUCAGUCGGCUCUGCGCCGAGGGUGACAUCCCCCAGCCGCUGCGCGCUCUGCCGCGCUACCGCCUGCUACGCGACCUGCCGCGCCUGCUGCGGGCGCUGGACGCGCAGCCUUCCGCGGAAGCCACCAGCUGGGGACUCCUCGGGGCACUGCCGCGCCGGCGGAGCCGUCUAGAGCUGUGCAGCCAGCUCGAGCGAGAGGUCGCCCAACUCGCAGACCUAGGUUGAGCAGAGCUCCACCGCAGUCCCGGGUGUCUGCGGUCACAACAUAAAGGGAACCCCUGAAUGAGCCUUCGACUCUGGAAUCCUUGGAGUGCCCCAGGGACCAGGGACGACUGGCCUUAAAGCCUUAUUCCCUGCCUCCCAGGCUGGAAGUCCCAGCCGAGUCCCCGCGCGUGUCCCUCUUCCUCCUCAUACUUUCCCUUGACAGAAAGCUCCUCUAAUCCCUGUUCUGAUGGGGGAGGGCGGGCUUCCCACUUUUUCUCCAGAACUCCAGAAAGAGCAGUGUGCUUAUGCCCCAGUCCAGGCUGGAGAGGUAGGACCCGGGGUAGGGGAGGCAGGAGCCAUAUCAGUUCUGAAGUGGGGCGGGGGCAGGUGAGAGAAAACCUCCUUGCGGGCCAGGGAGUCCCUUUCCCACACUGAGGCUCUGCCCAGAGGGAGCGAGGACUCCAGACCUAGGAAAAGAGGCUUUUGGCUCUGGGUGGUUAAGACAAUGGGGACUGGUGAUGGGAUGGGUGGGUGCUGGGAGGGCGGGGGGACUAAGAUCCAAAAAGAUGAAUAAAGGCAAACAAACAUGACAAACUGGAAAA